AUGAUUACACUGGAAAUCCUCACAAUUAUAUUCGAGAGCUGCACGCACGUUUGGAGCAAUCCGUGGGUAAAGCCGGCCUACCACUACAAGGCGUUUCAAAGCUCCGCAGCCUACAGCAUCUUCACCGAGCUCGACCCGGGGACGCACGCCGCUCACCUGCGCCUGUUGGCCCCAGUCUUUGCACAGUCGCGCGUCACCGCGCCUGAUGCGCAACAUCUACUAUGGGAGAAAUCCAAUGCUAUGAUUCGCGGAAUACGAGACGGCAACGGCAACCGUCUUGCCGAGAAGGGGGCCCGCGGUGACGCCACGGUCAGCCUGGUCAGGGUUUUCCGGAGCUACGCGCUGGACAUUGUCACCACGUGGACCUUUGGCAGGUGCGCCGAGAGCUUGGAGAGGUUCGAAUCUGAUUUAUUCCAUGUUUUUGACGUCGCGGCCGAGAGUGUCAUUUAUUUUCAGCACUUUCCCUUUCUAAGGGCUCUCAUCCCAUACAUCGCCCCAUUGUUUCCAAAAUUGGUCCCUAACAAGCUCCUUGGCCAGUAUGCGGCGCAAGCGUUGCGAGAUACAAGAGAGGGAGUUGAGGCUGGAGAAAUUGACCCAAACCAGACCGUUUUCUCUAACCUUGCGUCGGCUGCAUGGCAAGAAAAGAGAGGAUACAAACCGUCAGAGGGGCAGAUUAUAUCCGAUGGAAUUGUUAUCCUAGCAGCUGGGGCCGAUACGACCGCUGCCGCCCUCUCUAUCGGCAUGCACCACCUCGCAAGACAGCCAAAUCUGUGGAGGGAGCUGCAGGAAGAGUUACACCCCAUGAUGGACAUGUUUGACCGUCGUCCUCAAAUAGAAAAGCUCGCCCAGCUUCCACUUCUGAACGCUGUCCUAAACGAGGGCUUACGCUUGUCUUGCCCAAUUCGUGGCCACAUGCCACGCGUGGUGCCCUCGACCGGGUGGACUUAUAGGGGGACAUAUUUCCCUCCUGGGUCUGUUGUCGCAACCUCGGCCUUUUAUGGAUGCUACAACGAGGACGUGUUUCCACAGCCAGACAAGUAUGACCCCAAACGCUGGCUCAACGUCGAGAACAGAGCAGAAAUGGAAGCCCAUAUGCAGCCUUUCUCUAGGGGUACAAGGCAGUGUAUAGGGCAAAAGUAA